CAGAGACUUAAAUAAUCAAAUCACUUCUCAACAAGUGUUACAAAGGAAUGGCAGUUUAUUCACUCAUUACCUCUGCAACUGUCCCGAACUCAUCAUCAUUCUAUCCAAAACCACCAACUAACAGCAAUUUCAUACUCUCUAAGUCAACUCCCUUCCUCAAACGAAACCCUAAUUUUAAAUUUUCCCCAAUUUCGUCUCAUCUAUUACAAAACACAAGUAAAAAUGUCUCAUUUAGUACCUCCAAAUUCUUCAUCGACAAGGAUUUAUCUUCAUUUAAAGAUUCAUUGUUCAUUCUCUGUACUUCGCUUGCUUUGUCUUUCUCUCUUUACUUAACUGACGUUGAUCCAGCUUUAGCUUUUGUUGUUACUUCUCCACGCAAAUUACAGACUGACGAACUCGCUACUGUUCGUCUUUUUCAAGAAAAUACUCCUUCAGUUGUUUAUAUCACUAAUCUAGCAGUCAGGCAGGACGCAUUUACUUUGGAUGUAUUGGAGGUUCCACAGGGAUCUGGGUCAGGUUUUGUUUGGGAUAAAGAUGGUCAUAUUGUUACUAAUUAUCAUGUUAUUCGUGGCGCUUCUGAUCUCAGGGUCACUCUUGCUGAUCAAUCAACAUUUGAAGCAAAAGUUGUUGGAUUUGACCAAGAUAAGGAUGUUGCUGUGUUGAGUGUUGAUGCACCAAAAGAGAAAUUGAGACCGAUACCUGUUGGUGUCUCUGCGGACUUGCUUGUUGGUCAGAAAGUAUUUGCCAUUGGGAACCCUUUUGGGCUCGACCACACACUUACAACUGGUGUAAUCAGUGGACUUCGAAGAGAAAUUAGUUCUGCUGCUACCGGUCGUCCAAUUCAGGAUGUUAUACAAACUGAUGCAGCCAUUAACCCUGGUAACAGUGGAGGCCCUUUACUUGAUAGUUCAGGAAGCUUGAUUGGGAUUAAUACUGCUAUCUAUUCUCCAUCUGGUGCAUCCUCUGGUGUUGGAUUUUCAAUUCCGGUUGACACUGUAGGUGGAAUCGUUGAUCAGUUGGUAAAGUUUGGGAAAGUGACAAGACCCAUUUUAGGAAUUAAAUUUGCACCUGAUCAGUCUGUGGAGCAGCUUGGUGUUAGUGGGGUGCUUGUCCUAGAUGCUCCACCAAAUGGUCCUGCUGGAAAAGCGGGUUUGUUGGCAACCAAACGAGAUUCCUAUGGAAGACUUAUUCUGGGUGACAUCAUAACAUCUGUGAAUGGGAAAAAGGUCUCAAAUGGGAGCGAUCUAUACAGAAUUCUCGACCAGUGUAACGUUGGUGACGAGGUGACUGUAGAGGUGUUGCGCGGUGAUCACAAAGAGAAAAUACCUGUGGUCCUCGAGCCAAAGGCUGACGAAACAUGAUGCUAACAAUGUAUUAGGAAAAUUUCAUGGUGGCUAAACUGAAUCACAUUUCCUAGCUUAAAGCUGUACUAUAUAUCGAGGUGUAGUAGUGCCCACUGUUGUAUUUUUAUGUCCAAAGUUGUACAUAUAAUAGCGCCAUUGUUCCAAUUUAAUCUUCUUUUAUAUUUCGCGCAUUAGGUACUGAAAGUUUUAGUAUUCCUCAAUUCCUGUGAUUCUUAUUUCUAAGUGAAACAUUGGUGCUCAACGUUGAGCAUCUGAAAAAUUAAAGUGUUCCU